AUGACACCGACCGCGACGAUGAAGAAAACUAAAACAGUGGCGCGAAAAAGAACUCUGAUAAGUGAGGAUGAAACGGAAUCAGAAGAAAGUGAUGAGGAUGAGGAAUCAGAAAGUUCGAAUUCGGAGGACGAUGCGAAACAAGCGAAAGGUAGACGCACUCGGAAGUCAACUCGGAAAUCAUCGAAAAAAGAGGUAUUUGUUGAAUUUCCAGUGUUUCUGGAGCAGAUUUCCUUGGUAACGUAG